GCUAUCGUGGGUGUUUGUUUAAGCGAAGGGCCACAUGAUCGCCCCUGUUCGUAGUUUUUAAUGUACUAACCUAGAAUCGCUAGCCAACCAACUAGCAUCCCCACGCUAACACGCUGUGCGUAGAAGUUUUGGUGGAUUUAAAAGCAACAGCUCGGAAAAACCACGAUGCCAGAGCCGGCGGAGAUGAGCGGUCCAGAGGUGGCGAAGACGCCCGGGGGCAGCAGCGCUCCAGGGAAAGAGGGGAAGGAGCCGGUGGCGAACGGCCACGCCGAGAACGAGGCCAACCCCUUCGCCGAGUACAUGUGGAUGGAGAACGAGGAGGAGUACAACCGGCAGGUGGAGGAGGAGCUGCUGGAGCAGGAGUUCCUGGAGCGCUGUUUCCAGGAAAUGCUGGACGAAGAGGAUCAGGAUUGGUUCAUUCCGGCCAGAGACCUCCCCUCGGGGGUGGGGCAGAUCCAGCAGCAGCUCAAUGGACUGUCCGUCAACGACUGCAGCACUGAGGACAUUGUGCGCAAGAGCAGCUUAAACCCCGAGGCGAAGGAGUUUGUGCCGGGAGUGAAAUAUUAGGGUGCCCUCCCCUCACCCCCCCACCAGGGGGCACCCUCACAAAGACUCUGGUAACCGCGGCAACGGCGGCCAUGCCUACGCUCUCUCUGGAGGGGGGGGUGUGUGGGAGACGCAGCGAGGGAAAUCUAUAAGCUUUUUAUUUCCGUUCCUUUCAACGUGUAAACGGGGGGAGGGGGGAGGGGGGAG